AUGUCUUCUCCAAGUGCUGGCAAGCGUCGUAUGGAUUCCGAUUUGAUGAGACUAAUUCAAAGUAACCACGAGGUUCAUCUUACGGGUAGAGUAAAUGAAUUCACUGUCAAAUUUCAUGGCCCAAAAGAUACUCCAUAUGAAGGUGGUGUAUGGAAGGUUCGUGUUGAUUUACCUGAAAAAUAUCCUUUUAAAAGUCCAUCAAUAGGUUUCAUGAAUCGUAUUUUCCAUCCAAAUAUUGAUGAAGCUUCUGGUACUGUUUGUCUUGAUGUUAUCAAUCAAGCAUGGUCAUCAUUAUAUGAUCUCACAAACAUUUUUGAGUCAUUCUUACCACAAUUAUUAGCGUAUCCAAAUCCAACUGAUCCUUUAAAUGGUGAUGCAGCAUCACUUUUUUUGCACAAACCAGAUGAAUUUAAAAAGAAAUGUAUUUCAUAUGUACAAAGAUAUGCAACUGAAGAUGCCAUUGGAAGAGUAUCAGAUGACAUUGAAAUAGCAACACCUCGCAAUCGUACAAGACCAUCACCUCAUAAUCAAGUAAUGAGAACACCAGGAGUUACUUUAUCUAAAAAUAAUGGACCAAGUACCAAAAAAGAAAAAUUAGAAAAAGAAACUAAAGAUGAUGAUGACUCCGAAUCAUCAUUAUCUGGUUGUUCUGAUACUGAAGAUGCAGAUAUGGAAAUAUAA